CAUGCUCCUCACCAUGGAAACGCUUCUCACCUCUGGGUUGUUGUGGAAACACUCCUCACCUGGACAGUAGACUCCGCCCUGCAUUAACCGGAAUUAUAUAGUUUAGCCAAUCAGACACCUGGCGGCUGGAUGGAAUAAGGAAGUAAUCUGCAUAGGCUAAUCCUAAUCCACAGACAAAGGCAAUUUUAAUCUGAGGUCUUCUCGGCAGGCUGGGCUCGUCGGGCUGGACCUGUAGGAUUGAUCCAGCAAAGAUUGGAGGAUACCCAAAAUCUUUUUCUCCAAUACGAAUCCCAGAUCACGCUUGUGACAGCACGCACAUGGAUCUAAUCUUCCUCUCUCCCGUUGACCUCAAUACAACUACAUGGUGAUCUCUUCAACUACCCCUGUUCUGUAGUUGUUCAUGGAAGUAAUUGUUGGAUGUGCCUCUAAGUUUAAACCCUCUCUGACUCUCUACCAACUACAGGUAGUAACCGGCUUUUGCACAGAAGGCUGUAGUGAAUGGAGGUGGAUGGAAGCGCCUUUGAUGUGGUUUAGAUAAUCUAUUGUUUGCUUUUGGCUGUCUGGUGACAUGUUCGGCAGUGUGAAGAAAAUCAUCUCUCUGUUUGAGACUCAACGGCAGCCUCGCCCCCUCUCUCUACCUCCUUCCCUCCAUCCAUCUCUCUCUCCAUCUCUAACUCCUUCCCUCCCUCCAUCUCUCCCUCCUUCCCUCUCUCCAUCUCUCCCUCCAUCUCUAACUCAUUCUCUUCCUGCAUCUGUUUCUUCAUCUCUUCCCCUAUCCCUCCCUUCCUCCCUAUCCCCUCUCAGGUCCAGUAAAAAAGCCCCCCAGUCCCCCUUAAAGAGACACUCCUCUCCUUCUGCCACCCUUUCCAGCUGCCCUUCCUCCUUCUCCGGCUGCCCUUCCUCCCUCUACCCUCAGACCAAACCCAGACCCCCCCUUAACCCCCCACCUGUCCACCAACCACUACAACUUCCUGCUAGAUGGAGAGUAGGAGAAGAAGGAAGGGAGGGAGUGAGUGAUACGGGUUGGGGUCAUGGAGGGCUGAGAGGUCGUGGGGGGGUCAGGGUUAGGAACUCAUGGCCGAGCGGAUGGCAGGAGCUUCAGAUAAGAAACCAAACAUCCGUCACCAUGGAGAUUCCACAACACUUUUGGACCGCAACUAAACCUCAACUCCAGACCACUACUCAACCCCAACCUCAACCCCAGACCACUAUUCAACCCCAGACCACUACUCAACCUGAACAUCAACCGCAGACCACUACUAAACUCCAGACCACUACUCAACCUCAAACUCAACCCCAGACCACUACAAAACCAAAUCCUCAACCGCUGACCACUGUUCAACCCCAACCUCAACCCCAGACCACUACCCAACCCCAACCUCAACCGCAGACCACUAUUCAACCCCAACGUCAACCCCAGACCACUGUUCAACCCCAACCUCAACCCCAGACCACUACUCAACCCCAGACCACUACUCAACCCCAACCUCAACCGCAGACCACUAUUCAACCCCAACGUCAACCCCAGACCACUGUUCAACCCCAACCUCAACCCCAGACCACUGUUCAACCCCAACCUCAACCCCAGACCACUACUCAACCCCAGACCACUACUCAACCUGAACAUCAACCGCAGACCACAUCUAAACUCCAGACCACUACUCAACCCCAACCUCAACCCCAGACCUCUACUCAACCCCAGACCACUCCUCAACCCGAACAUCAACCCCAGACUAUUUCUAAGUCUCAACCUCAACCCCAGACCACUACUCAACCCCAACCUCAACACCAGACCCUGGCCCCGCUCCCAUCCUGGUCGCUGUGUCUGAAGGGUACACCUUCUGUCCGGAAUGCUGAGGCAGCCCUGCUGCUCUUCUGCCACAGUGGCUCCAGUAGCAGUAAGAUUGCAAUUGACAACAAGAUUGAGCAAGCCAUGGACCUGGUGAAGAGCCACCUGAUGCUGGCUGUGAGAGAGGAGGAGGAGCUACUGAGGAAGCGGAUCAACCAGCUGUCAGAGAGGAACGCCCAGCUGGAGAGAGAGAACUACAUACUGAGAGCACUGAGAGACAGACAGACACUAACGCACUCAUCCACGCACACACUCACACAAACAUACACAAAGAGAAGUUAACAGUAUUAGUACAUGCCUUUCAUUUUCUAUUUAAAGGGGUGUUUUGAUUAGUCCUGUAAAACGUGUAUUUAUAUUUAACCUUUAUGUACCCAGGCGAGUCAAGAACAUAUUCUUAUUUACAAUGACAGCCAAGCUAUGAUGAUGAUGAUGUAGUCUCGUGUAAUGAUGAUGCUGUAGUUAUGAAGAGGCCUGGUUGCCAGUCUCUAUAACGUACAAUUUCUUAUUAUAUUCCAUGUCGUGUGCCAAUGGCAGUUAAUGAGUGGAAUGUUAGCUAAACGGAGACUGGUAACCAGGCUAAUGAAGAGGGGUUCUGAAAGAGAAAGUGUGGUGUGCACAUUCUGUAA